AUGGAUAGCAACAAAUUUUUCACUACAUUCGCGAACUCAACAAAUACUUCAAAUGCUACAACUGGAAUUGAACGUAUACCCCAACUUUCUGUCCGAUCGUACCAAGAUGAUAUCGCCUUUGUUGUCGCCUUUUGCAUCCUUGCUUUGAUGAUUGUGUUUGGAAACUCGCUGGUGAUUGGUGCAUUUCAAGUCAACCGACGACUUCGCACAGCAAGUAAUAUGUUAUUGAUAUCAUUAGCAACCGCUGACAUACUGAUCGGAACAAUUUCUGUGCCGCUGUAUGUUUAUGUAUCAGUAACAAACGGCUAUCAAUUACGCACCGUUCAUAUGAUCUUUGACAUCAUCUGUGAAGUGUCUUCGGUUCUUAAUCUCACAGCCAUAAGCUUGGAAAGAUGUUACGCUCUGCUUUAUCCCAUAAAGCAUCGCAACAUCAGCAAACGUAUGUUGUGCAAAAUAUAUUAUUUUCAAUUAUUUCUUACUGAAAUUGCAGAGCCGAGGCUACAGAUGUUGGUGCCAAUACCCUCAAAGGUUUUCCUCCUUGAUUUUAAACACCAUUUCUUCUUCUUCUUCUUGAUGACCAUGCACUUUGGCCCCGUCCACACUACUGCGUUUUCGUUUUGAAACGCAAAACAUUUGGAUGCGUUUAGGCCUCUCCAUCCACACUAAUACACUAAGAGGUUUCAUAGAAAACGCAUCGAUUUGAAAACGCUCUUAAAAAUGGAUCAAAACAAAAAUGCAUACACAUCGUAUUAGUGUGGACGGUGGCUUAGCUUGGAAAGUUUGCGAUUUUUGAUACAAGCACCAAAAUUUGUAGGAACAUAUACAUUCUCAUACUAGUCAUAUCCAGAUAUAGAGCCAAGUGAAAUUUUCUAAUUUCAGCUAGUUAGCAGCUAGUAAAAUUUUCAGACGCGAGGCCCCCUCGAAGUACAUUUCUUGCUGUUUUUUGUGAUUUAAUACACGUUUCCUUUCAAAAUACAUAUACAAUUGCUUAAAUUUGGAGUCAAAUUGUUAUUAUCUUCUCUUCUUUUUUAUACUAAUAAUUUUAAUUUUCUCGGAAAAUUAAUUAUUUGAAUAAGGCCGUAAUUUGGAAUUUAUCUGCACGUGCUUUUUCUCAACUUUCUCUUGGUUUUCACUCUGAAUUUGGGACAUGCGCCUCGAUCGCUGCAUGCAGCUAGAGAAUAUUAUUCAGGCCGGUUUGAUCGGAGAACAAAAGAAAAUGGGUUGACGAGAAGACGUGGAAAUCAAGCAGUAACAUCAAACUAUUGACAGGUUAAAAUGUAUUAUUUGCCAGAAAGAGGGGCCAAAACUAAAUGUCAGUCAACUGGGAAGCCAAGUCAGGCUGCAUUAACAUUACUCAGCUUCUUAAAUUCAAUAGCGUGAAGCACACCCGUAAAACAGAAGAAUGUACUCGGCUUGUCAAAAGUUAAGAGACUCCAUUACCAGUUCACAUCGGUGUGAUGCUUCAUAUGAAAACACGCAAGAGGGAUCUUAUAGACAGACUACAUUCACCUGGCAUGUGAAGUUCGAAGUGCUAAGAUUGCUAAGAUUGUCGUCAGAUAUGGCAAACGCUGUUUAUGAACACUUCAAGGAGACGGACACGGUAUGCCCUCCAAACUUGAAAACAAACGUAUUCACUACAGCCGCGGUUGAUAAUCUCCACCCCAACAGUUCGUCGACAAAGGCAGUAAGUUCAUUUCAUGUCACCAGCAUUUCACUAAUACAGCACCCUUAACCGUGGAAGGGAAAGGUGUGGAAAACGCAAGCUUUAAGCAAAGAAAUGUGUCUGCAUCAAAGACUACAGGACCACUGCCAUCCAGCUACACCAACAUAUAUACCUCCUUGGUCAUGUCAAAAAUUAAACAAGGUGGUUUUAAGAAUGCCAAGUAUGCAGUGUAAUGUGAAGGGUGAUGAUGAAGCAUUAUCGCUUAUGAAAGAGACUGAAUGGCUCAACCAUAUGAGGCAGAAUGUAGAAGAGAGACAAAGAGGAUAUGCAACCCACUGUUGCCAAGCAAGCUGGAAAUGGAGUAUCAUGGUCUGCUUACCACGGAGAACGACAGAAACGCGACAACCGGCACGAUGCCAGAGUUCGUUGCUGCCUCUUCUUGCAGAAGCUGCUCACUCUAUAGCCAUGAUCAAGCAUGGCAUAACUGUUGCUAUGAAAGCUGUUGAACACCUCAACCAAGGGCAAAACGCAGUUAUAGCAUUCGAUCAACCCAUAUUUGGUUUAGCUAAGGAAAUACCAUAGAGAUAUCAAGACACCAUGGCAGAAAAUAAGCUGGUAGAUAUGAUUGGUGGACUUCUCAUAGAGUUAGCCGUUCUCAAAGCAAUAGGAUCAUGGCUGUUGGGAAGUGGAUGGACAGAGGCUAUUGCUCAAGUCGGGAUAACCACCAGUGGAAGGGCUGAGUCAUUAGUAACUUCUACGCACAUUACACGUACAAGAUACGUCCAUCAAGUUACGGCAUCCUCAACAGAGGCCCUACAAGAAUUACUACGCAAAAUCCAAGGAGAACGCUCCUCCAUUCCCCAAAUGGUGCAAAGAUCAUGCUAGCAAGAUCCCACAGUUCCAAUUCUGGAAUAUGAACCUCACGUUUGAGUUACUUAUUCUCAUUCUCGUGCGCUCCUUUCGACAAUCGGACUUCAGACAGUAUACAGCUGCUUUGACGGAAAUUACCCCUUGGACGUUCGCUCUAGAUCGCACUAAUUAUUCGCGAUGGCUACCUGUUCAUAUUAGGGACAUGGUAGAACUACCAAAUAAACACCCGCAAGUCUACAAGGAGUUCUCGACAAGUGGUGGAAAAUUUACAGUGCAGAAGAUGACCAACACUUUUUCUUCUAUACCACUAGACCAGGCUCAUGAACAGAAUAAUGAGUUAAUCAAGGGGGACGGCGGGGGGGUAUUGGAAUCACUGAGACUCCUGGUGCACUUUUAAGAUGGAUGGUGGCUGGACCGGAGCUUGCAAGGGUGGUAAAAGAGUUUGAGAGUACAUUAAAGGAGGACAACACCGACCAGACUUGAACAGCUUACCAUGAGCAAUCCAGAGCUUGUCAAGGGGGUUUCAUAAGUCAUGUUCAAUCUCUGGUAUCUACUAAAGAAAAGAGCUUGGCAACCCAUUUGAAGACCUGAUCUCACUUGUAUCGAAAGACAUAUAGCUGAUCCAGCAAAGCUACUUUGAACAAUAUUGAGUCAAUUGGAAAGGGGCAGUAUGAACUCUUCAUCAAAGAAAGGUAGGCUUACGGAGAGAUCUAAGCCAAUCGACGACAGCAUUUCAAGAAAUAAUCUUCGUUUGUGGAAACCAGGGUCUAAGAUUUCAACAUCAAAAGAGAAAAUGAAGCUAAAAUCUGUAGAAACUGCUGUUUUCGAAGCUAUACAUCGGAUGUCGAAGUCGAGAUGGCGACCUCGAUGAUUUUCUUUCUCAUGAUGAUCAAGGCUCUUCUCUUUCAUUAUCGGACUGUGAGAGAAUUAGGUCAGGUAGCAAUUGUGACCUAAUACAGUGCAUGGAUAAAUUGGUGGGCACAUGAGAGAAACACUCAUCGGUUGUUGUAUUGGACUUGCAUUCUGCCACAAUUCUGUUCAUGGAAUACAGCGAGGAAGGUCUUUCUGGCCUAAAUCAAACAGUCAAUUGAAAAUGUACAAAGGCUGGAUUUGGUGUGGGAUGAAUAUAUCCCUAACAGUUUAAAAGCCAACGCAAGGCAGAAGAGAGGCACUGGCGCCAGAAGGAAGAGUUUUUCCUUCUGCUAUGGUACUCCGAAAUUGGCAAGAAUUCUUACGUUUAGAUAACAACAAGAAGGAGCUGUUCCUGUUCGUGUCAGAGCAGGUCGUGAGAACAGCGAUCAAGGGCGAGCAAAUCAUAGUUACACGAGGAGAAGAGGUACUCUGCUCUCCACCUACGACAAGAAGGAAUAAAUUGUCACCCUGUUUGCAUGAACAAGUAGACACCAGAAUGAUGGUUUAUAUACCAGUCAGUCAUGACUCGAUCAACAGACACUGACGUGGUAGUGUUAGUUGUUGCUACUUUAGACCUAAAGGAAUUAUGGUAUCCUAUGGAACCAGAAAAAACCACAGGAUCCUACUGGUACACCUCUUUGCAAAGGCUCUUGGUCCGUCUAAGUCAAAGUAUCUCCCCAUCUUCCAUGCCCUUACAGGGUGCGACACAACAUCCUUCUUCGCUGGGAGAACUUUCCAGAUGUUACAAGGACAUUUCUGGACCUGACAGGGACCCCCUCUAAUAUUUCUGAGGAGAAUCUGUGCACAAUAAAACGAUUCGUCAUUCUGAUUUGCGACAGGACUAGCCACUUCAGCAAGGUGGGUGUUAAUUUAGAAAACAAUCGGUUUCUUCUUGAGAAAUUGUGAUCGUGUAAUGUUUGCAUUUAUUUAUAGUUACUAUUUGGUAUUUGUUCCAGGUCAAUGAUGCCCAAAAGUACUUGUUCGCCAAGAAAAAGGGAGAGGGUUGGAAGGCCUCCCACCCAGUCGUGACGCUCUGGAACAACAUGUGAGGCGCGCCGUAUAUCAAGGAGGAGGACACAUGUGGGGACGGGCAACCGCCAGCAAGCCUGUUCUUCCUGAACCACCAAAUUGGGGCUGGACCCUUGGACGAAAAGAGCAGCUGCAACCACAAUGGGUUACGCUUAACUAGCAGCGGCUGUCAUCUGCAAAGAACUGGUCCAUUGUGGUUGUAAAAAGAGUUGCAGCAGAAUAUGCAAAUGAUUGUGUAAAGGCAGCCCUUCCAUAUACUCCGCUUUGUAUAUGUGAUGGACAAUGCAUUCGUGACUAAUUUGUAUGAUAUUAAAUAUUCAAAGCAACUAAAAGGGCUAUUGUCAUGAGGAGAUUGUUGUUUUGUGCCAAUUCUUUGCUGAAGCUUAGUGCCUUUACCCAUACAAAACAAUGCUCCAGUAGAGUUAGGGAAAAGAAAGCAUCAAGGAGCAGAAACCAUUGUAUAUUUUUUGGUGAUUUUAGCAGGCACGGCAUUAAAACUUGACAAUGUUGGACCAACGUUUCCAUGUUUUGCUUCAGAUCCUAGCAACCGACGAAACUAGGCCAUUAUUGUUAGAAUUCAAUUGCAACGAAGACACAUUGUAGGUUUUUUUCAAAAAGAAAGUAGAUGGUGUGAUAUAGCCUCUUUAAUUUUUAUUUUCCUGUUGCCAUGAAAACAUAUUGUUAAGUGGCAUGUAAUAAAGAAGACGUCCGUGCAAAACAGAUUAAUACCAAUGACUAAAAUGAUAGUAUUUCAGGAUAAACUAGGACAAGCAACAACUGUCAUAAAUUUUAAUUAAUUGUGGUUUCUAUGGAAAACGACCUAUUUUGGGCUUGGCACUAUAUCUGAAAAUUUUUGUAUUGGCGGACUUCUAUGGGUGUGCCAAAUUUCAUGCUUGUAUCAAAAAGUGCACAAUUCACCUGAACUUUGGAGCUAAGCCGCCGGACUAAAAACGCAUUAAGGUUAAAACAAUGUCCGAAAAUAUCGCAGGCGCGUGUGUUUGUAGCAUGCACACAGAGUUCAACUUACGUGACAACGUGCAAUUGUAUCGUUUUCGAAAGUUUUAUUGUGGACAGAUGAAAAAGCAUCAGAACGGUAGUGUGGACGCGACUCGAUCGAUUCGUUUUCGAUGACAACGAAAAUGCAUACUUUUGAAAACGCAUUUGUGUGUCUACGGGGCCAAAACCCAGACAGUAAGGCAGUGAAACGGUUACGAGUGCUUUAUUGCAAUCGGAAUCGGUCAUGCAAAAGACUUGAAACAUGAGAUCGUUAGCAAUUUCCAGAAAGAAAAAUAAAAGGGCCCACAUGUUCGCCUUAGCCCACCGUUAUUAACAGUUGAUACCUAUUAAAACAUGAAAACGUGCGUUUUGAACUGAAUCAAAUUAUGCUGCAUUUCUUUUUGUCGCUUACAGGGUCGUUGUUAGCCGUAAUCUUCGGUGUAUGGGUUCUAGCCUCAUUCGCUGGAUCGAUGGUAGCGAUUCCUGUACAGACUGGUGUGACAGGUUUGAUAAUAACCGUGACAUUCGUCUUCGCUCCACUUAUCGUUAUUUUGGCAGUUUAUGGCAAGAUUUUUCGCAUAGCUAGAGCGCAUGCUCGUGGCAGAGGCGUGAGUUCCUUCAAAAAGGUACCAAUGUUCAAGCCGGUUAAAAUGGAUUGUCAAUGUUGGUUCAAUAGCCAGCAUUGCUGGCUGUAACGUUUGAGAUCCUUUUGAAAACCUUGUUGAGCGGUGUUGGGUGCUAGAUGAUGCUAGACCGUGUUAAACGAGUUCAAACGUUUCAUCGAACAUUACCUAACACUUGGUUUAUUUUCGUUACCAAAUACACAAUAUUUUCCAACAUAUUUUUUAAAAAGAAUAAUAAUAACCUUUAUUAUUAAAAACUGAAUCAUUUGUUAAUGCAAUUCGAGCGUUUUGAUUGGCUUAGCCAUCAUGUCACAUGAGCCAUUAUACCAUGAUCUCCAUAUAUAGUCAGUGUACGCGUCAGUUCAAAGCUGAGACUUUUUUUUUUGCGAAGGAUAGAAUGGCGCCUGAAGAAAAUUGAAUCGUUUUAAUUCUUAGAAAUACUCGAAAAUGCAAUUUCAUAUGGGAAAAAAACAAACAAAUAAAAAAGCCACAAGAGUUUGUUUGAAAGUUUAUCGAAAAACACAUGAAAAGACAAGAAACUAAAAUACCUCGACCAGCUACGAAAGAAGACAAGUAUUGUUUCUCCAUGACCGCGAAGCCACUCGCCGAUAGAUAACUGCAGCCUGAUCAUCCGACAUAAAGAAUAUAAAUCACAAGCAACUAACAAGCUAUGCAGCCAUUCACUACAGCAAUCAGGCGUCAGUAUAGCUUCUUCUCUCGUUAAGCAAAACCAGCUGGCGGCUUCAAACAACUUCAUAACAAGCUUUACAUGAGUUUCUAAAUGGCAACCGAGGGAAUAGUUUUCCUCCAUCGUUCUUACUUUUGUAACUGCACCAAAAAUCCAAAUUCACAGUAAUUUCGACGGCUGCACUUAAAAAUUCUUUUUGUUCGCAGGUAAAUGAAGGCAUGGGCCCCAAAUGAUUUAGUGAAAAAGUGAUGAGGGGUGCUCUAUCUCUGAGCACUUAAGCACAAGAAAGAUGAGACUUUGCCAGAUACAUACAUGUGUGUUUUCUGUUCUGGUGUUUUUCAAUUAUGCAAAUGUUGUCACGUGACUCCACACGGUCAGAAAACAAUGGCAAAAACAAUGGUUGUGAGUUAUUAAACCGGACUGGCCUUGGCCUCUUUUGAAUUUUUUACUGUUUUAGAAAAUAUACGGUUUUUUCAACUAGACCCAUUCCUCCAAGGCAUUUUUAUCAGAUCUUAACGCCUUCGCUUUUAAAUAUCUAAAAAAGGUCAAGCACAGAAGUGAUUUAUUAAACGGCCUUAACAUUAUACAACCGGUAAAAAAGUUGAGGACAUACGAAAAAGUGUUGCGUUUCAAGAACAAUCUUUUUCAGCCGAUGGAGGUCACGUGACCUAAUUUGCAUAAUUUUAAAGCACGAAAUCGGCACAAACUAAAAAUGAGAGCAGCUGGCAAAGUUUUAUGUGUCUACAUCUAAAGCUCUUAGAUGUAGAUCACCCCCUCACUUUUGAAGUGAGCAAAUUGAGGCAAAUUGAGGCCCAUGCCUUAAUUUACCUGAGUUCUCAUUACCUGGGAGUUUUUUAGCUACCAUGCUGUGUAAAAUCCUAGAAUCCCGAUGAAUUUUUAAAAUUGUUCAAGCUAAUGACGUAUUGAUUUUUCAUUCAUGAUAAUUCAUCCAGUUCGUUCGCGCGUUGAGAGUGUUGAUAGACGUGUGACACGUGAAAAGUGGAAGUCCCUUGUCUUUUCCGGCUUGUUCUAACAAAAUAAAGUCGGGGAGGUUUAUCGAGAUUUUGUAGGCGUUUUUAAUAAAACAAAAUUAUUCCACUCGCGCUUGUUGGUUAUGAGAUGAUUAUAUAUGAGAUGAUUAUAGCCAUCAUUGGCUACCUACCAUCUCAUAUCCAACGCCAGUGGCAGACCCAGGGGAGGGGCCUCCCUUACUUGUAGACCAAACUGGGGCCCGAAUAGGCCCGAACAAUUUUUUUUUUGAGACUGGCCCCACCCCUUUUCUCAGGGUCUGGAUGACCCCCCCCCCCCCCCCCCCCCCCCCCCCCCCCCCCCCCCCCCCCCCCCCCCCCGCCCCCCCCCCCCCACGCCACCUCAACCAGCGCACUUAUUUUUAUUAUUUAUUUUUUAUUUAAUAUUAUAAGAACACGUAACACCACUUAACAGCAACAUCACAGAAUCUCGCACCAGCUUCUCCAAACAAUAAGCCCCCCCCCCCCCCGCCCCUCCCCUUAGCUGAAGGUCUGGAUCCGCCACUGAACGCGCCCUCGUGGAAUAAUUGUUAAUUGAGAUAACUUUUUCAUAUAAAAUAUGGUUUUCAAAAAGGAUCUCAUAGACUUAAAAAAAAAUGCUAAAUACUUAUAAUUGUAAAAACUGUUUAAAUGUACAAGAUGUUAACUCAAAUUCAUUUAAAUUACAAAUUUAAAAAGAUUACGUUUAAUAAAGCGACAACAACUGUCCAUCGUUUCCAUCGUCUAAGGUGUACAAACCAAAGAAAUGACGUCAGGUUUUCAAAACUAAAUGUAGUGGUGUUACUGCAAAGUAAGGGGACGUAAAAUACCCCGACACCACUGUCAAAAGGAGUAUAGGACUGUUGGUCUAAAAAUUUGUGUAUAUUACUUUAUUAGCCUUUUAAUUGUCGGAAGGCCAGAGUAACCGCAGUACCGUUUAGCUAGCUACUGGGGGCCCCGAACACUCUACUAACCCCUCCCCCUCCCCCCAGGAAAGUUAAGCCACAUCUCUAGGGGUUCAAGACGGCACCUCCCCUUUAAAAAAUCCUAGUCUCUUGUAACUAUGCUGCGCAUUUUCUUCCCUCCCCCUCCCCCCACCUCCCAGUUGUUUACAUGUUAAAAGGUACCAUUAGAACAAUAAAGAUUUAAUGUUGGCUGUGUUUUGGUUUCAGGAUUUGCGUAUUGCUACAACGGUGGCAGUAGUGACAGGUCUUUUUCUCAUUUGUUGGACGCCGUUUUUUGGCAUCAACUUUGCGUUCGGACUUUGUUCGUCCUCAAGCAUCGGGUGUGAAGUACCAACCAAAAAACCACUGACGCUCGUAGUACGGAUAAUUAAAUGGCUUCAGUACGGAAACUCGGUGUGUAAUCCCAUCGUUUAUGGCCUCCGCAACCGCGAAUUUCGGCAAACGUUCCACAAGAUUUUACUGGGAUGGUGCGAUAAAAGGGGGCCAUUGUAUGACAGCGGGAAUAAUGCAAAUGGCAAUCCUCAUUUACAGCAACAGACACCCAACCGGCUUGUAAUGCCUACUUUGAUUGACAGGCGAGAAAGCAACCGGAGAGAGUUCGGGAUCCAAAACAGACGCAUACAGCCA